GCCGUCAGCCUCUGAGGGCACGUUCUGCGCGGAAGGCGGCCGUGACCUCCCGGAAGUGAUUGCGACGCAGCUGGCCCGGAAGCGAGGGGGGCCCUGGGAGCGGGGGCAGCAGCAGCGGCGCUGACAGACUGCCUUGUUGCAAAAGCCACUGUGGCAAAGAAAUAAACAUUUAAUAAGGAGAGAAUGGAUGGAGAAGAGAAAACGUAUGGUGGGUGUGAGGGCCCUGAUGCUAUGUAUGUGAAAUUGAUAUCCUCUGAUGGUCAUGAGUUCAUUGUAAAAAGAGAGCAUGCAUUAACAUCAGGAACAAUAAAAGCAAUGUUGAGUGGCCCAGGACAGUUUGCAGAAAACGAAACAAAUGAGGUGAAUUUUAGAGAGAUUCCAUCCCAUGUCUUAUCCAAAGUAUGCAUGUAUUUCACCUACAAGGUUCGCUACACUAACAGUUCGACGGAGAUUCCUGAAUUCCCAAUUGCACCUGAAAUUGCACUGGAACUUCUGAUGGCUGCAAACUUCUUAGAUUGUUAAAUAAAAUAAAUUAUAAUAAAAAUGUAAAACUUUUUUCAGUAUUUAAUACCUGUAGUUCAGUUAGUACCUUUUUCAGAUAGCAUGUUGCGUGUGUGAGAUUGAGAACUGUAAAGUUCACUGCAGAGGCAGCUGCCUUCAGUUUUUUUGCAUAGCAGUCAUUCAAGUUGAAAUUUGUUUUGCUGCUUACACAAAUACAGACCUUUUCCCAAAUCAAGACAAAUAAAACAAAUGUACCAGUUAGUAGAUGGCUAUGCCUUAUCCUUUAGGUGUGGUAGAAUUUUCUUUUAAUGCAAUUAUAAUAUAAAAUACAUAGGCCAAUGCUUUGUAAAAGCUCAUUCUACCCUCAUGUGUAGGUGUUUAGGGUUUUUAACCAUUGACAUUUCUAAACAUCUAAACUUGAUCUCCUUACAGAGUAGUUGUCCUUUAGGAUAGUUAAAACUGAAGUACAUUAGCAUUUGCAUCUUAAAUACCCACUUUCAAGGAUUUGUAAACUGGCAAAAACAUUCACUUUAGACAGAAAACUGACUACGUAGGGGAAUUUUUUAUGCUUUAUUUUAACUUGGCUAUGUUUUGGAAAUUUAAAGAAUAUGAUUCAGUUUUCUCAUGUAACUUAAUUCAUCCCUUCCCUUCUAUCCAUUUAAUGUUCAGGUCACAGUAGGUUUUAGAGAAAAAAUAUAAAUAACCAAGUUAGUUCUUAAUGCUAACUAUCACUUUUGUGUGUAUACUAUUUUCUGUAUAACAUGUAAGGUUAUUCAUAAUGUACUCUCACUUGACCUGAUAUUAGUUUUAUAUAAUAGCUGACUACAAAUUUUUUCCAUUGUUUGUGAUAAGUCAUGUAAACUCUGUAUUUACUCUUGGUUUUAUAGCCUUCAAACCAUCCUAAAGGUGGCUGCCACAGAGGUAGUUCUCUUCCUCAUCCUUUCCCUCUCCCAUGUUUCCCCCUUACUAUCAUAAGAAAAACUGAAAAUUUGGAGACACUUUUAUUUGGAGAAAAGGGGCAUUAAGUUGUGUCUGACCUUUUUUUUUUUGUUUCCUUUAAGAUUUCCUAAAUAUCCAAUAUUUACAUGUUGAGCAAAAAGGAUUGACAAGCUAAUUAUAUGAACGCUCAGUGGAACAUAUAAUCAUCCCUUGGUUUCUGUUGAUAAUUGCCUGUCACAUCCACUUUUCUCUCAGACCACAUUUCCAUAAGACAAACACAGUGAACAGUAUUACAAGAAAGUUGUUUUCUAUGAGUGACAGCCUGGAAACUUCUACUACAAAACCCUCUGUAGAUGAGCGAUAUAUGUAAUUGUUAAUGAGUGAUGACAAAAGAGCCAUCUAUAUCAGUUGUCAUUGCUUCAGUUCUGAGAGAGAGGUGGCUCUGGUCUGCUGUGGAAAUACCACAAACAGAUGAUGGGUUCUCUUAUUAGUGUAUUAACCAACUAAUGGUGGCCUUAAGGGAUCAUGAAAUCUUAUCAUACCCAGUUGGCAAAUAGGUGUAUAAUUUUUUUUUUUUUUCUGGAUUAAAACUUGAUGUGUACUAUGCAGUUUGCUGCACACAAAGGAGUUUGACCUAAGUAGGUAGUAAAUUGACCUGAGUAUGAAAUAACUUUUUUUUUUCCUGGGCUGAAAUAAAACUCAAUGGACAAGCUGACAUAUGUCAGUAUGGUGGUAGAUUAGCUGAUAUUUACUCACAUUUUUUGGCAGUUACCUACACAAGUCGGAGAUGUUGUUGAAGUGUGUUGGAAGACAUUGUGUGAAAGAUUGUAUUUUGUUUUCCCAGCUCUGCUCAGUGCUAUUAGUAGCUCAUUUUCCAGAGCACUAAAACAAAAAAACCUAUUAUGCUGCUUUUAUUCAAGCCAGUAGAAAAAUACCUCCUAAGAUUCCAGUGAUUUGUGAUUUGGAUAUUUAGUGGUUGUACCCUCAUUUCAUUUUGAGGGGUCUUGAGUUGUUAAAGAUAGAAAACUUAAUUUGAGUAGUUUCAGGUUUAAAAUGUUUUGAAUUCAAGUUUAAGCUAAGAUUAUUUUUUACUUCGUCAGGGGAGACAUUAAUAAACUUUUUUUUUUAAAGAUGUCAUUACAAUAAUUUGCGUUCUGUGACUGUACUUCAGUAUAGUGUGAUUAAAAUGGCUGUUGUAUUCCUGGAUAAUUAUUCCGUGUUCUGGAUGUUGGUAAGAGACACUAAGCUGAAACUGAAGUGUCUUUGAACAUUCACAAAACAGGAUGGUGUCCUGGAAUGCAUUGCUUAAAACCCACCUGGUUAAGAAGCUGUUACAAAUGUGGGAGAGGGGGGAAACCUAGUGCAACUUACUUCACAAAGAAAUGGGUAUGCUCUUAAUACACAAUUGGAAAGCUACCACACUUACUUCCUGAGUUCUAAAUAAAUUUCAGAAUGGAAAAUUUCUAAAA